CCCACCCCAUCUUACCCUAGAGGACCCCCAAGGAAGCCCCGACAAUCUGGCCACGCACUUUGGGUCGGAAACCUGCCUCCUGGCACGACCAUCGGCGCUCUGAAGGACCAUUUCUCACGCGAAGCAACCAACGACAUCGAGAGUCUAUUCCUUAUCUCCAAAAGCAACUGCGCGUUCGUCAACUACCGCAACGAGGCAGCGUGUGCUGCUGCCAUGGUCAGAUUCCACGAUUCGCGAUUCCAGGGCGUUCGCUUGGUUUGUAGAUUGCGCCGUGGCACCCCGAAUAGUGGGUACUCUUCGACAACACCCGAUGCGUUGACUCCUGAGUCCAGUAACGAGACCGACAAGUCGAAAGAGCACCAGCACGAUGGCGUUGAUGGUAUUGACGGCGUCGGUGGCACCGAUGGUGUUGAUGGUGUUGAAGGCGUCGAUGGGCUUGACAAAAGUUCAGCACGUGUGCCCGAGAAGUACUUCGUUGUCAAGAGUCUCACGCUGCAGGAUCUCGAAGCCAGUGUGCGCAACGGGGUCUGGGCCACACAGAGCCACAACGAGGUUGCGCUGAACCACGCAUAUGAGACCGCUGACAACGUCUAUCUCGUCUUUUCCGCGAACAAAUCAGGAGAAUACUUUGGUUACGCUCGCAUGGCUAGCCCCAUUGCCUCGGAAUCAGCGACAUCAUUUACGAACCUCGAGCCCAAAACCAAGGACUUGGACAGCGGACCGAAGUCAAUACCAACCCCGGCGACAGAAUGGGCACCGAAAGGACGCAUCGUCGACGACUCAGCGCGCGGCACCAUCUUCUGGGAAGUCGACAAUACUCCCGAAGACUCGGCAGACGAAUAUGCAGAAGGAGCAAUCGACGGUGCUGCAACCACGACACGGCAAGCUCACCGAGAAGAGAAGGAAGCAGGCGCUCAGCGACAAAAGCAAGAGUGGGGCAAAUCUUUCCAGGUCGAAUGGAUCUCGACGAAUCGACUGCCCUUCUACCGCACCCGUGGCCUGCGCAACCCUUGGAACGAGAACCGAGAAAUCAAGAUCGCGCGCGAUGGCACAGAGAUCGAACCCAGUAUAGGAUCGCGUCUGGUGCAGAUGUUCCAUCGCCCGGCACAUAUGCCUCAGGGCGCAGUCAACAUGUCUCCUGUGGCGAUGCACUUUCCUUCUUGA